UGUCUAAGACAAUAAAACAUAAUAUUUUUAAGGUUGAUAAGAUGAAGAAAAAAUGUGAACUAUGCAAAAAACCAGCAAAAUUGUUCUGUGAAUCAGAUCAAGCAAGUCUUUGUUGGGAAUGUGAUGCAAAAGUUCAUACUGCAAAUUUCAUAGUCACAAAACAUCACAGGUUUCUUCUAUGUCAUAUUUGUCAAUCUCUAACACCUUGGCAUGGCACUGGACCUAAGUUUGUUCCCACAAUCUCACUUUGCAAUCACUGUGUUUCUGUUUCCAACAAUAACAAUGAUCACCACCACCACCACGAUGACGAUGAUGAUCAAGAUGAGGAUAUUGAGGAUGAGGAUGAUGCUGAUGAUGAAGAUGAAGAAAAUCAAGUUGUUCCAUGGAAAUCUACACCUCCACCAUCAGUUUCUUCUAGUUCUUCAUAUAGUGCAACUAGUACUACAAAUUAUUAGUAUAAAGUUAUAAAUAACUUGUUUUUUCUUUCUAUGUUCUGUUUUUUUUUUUUUUUUGUGUGUUCUAAUUUUGAGGUUUUUGGUUUUAGUUUCAUAGAUUGUUAACAAUAUUAGUUUCUAGUUUAUGUGUUGUACUAAUAAUCAUAAGUCCACUCUCUAUAUUGUAGCAAAAUGCUUCCAUUUAUAUGGUUGUUAAUAUUGGAAAAUUCUUUAACAUUAA